UCCAGAUGGGAGCCCAGCCCGAGGCAAGGGAGCUUUCCCAGGAGCAGCUGGCGGAGCAGCCAGCGUCCUGGCACCAGCAGGUGUCAUCCCGCAGGUCCCAGGACGCUGUGUUGGCUGUGCCAGCUGGCAACAGCCCCAGCCUGGUGGUGGAGCCGAUCCUUGAGACACCAAGGAGUCUCCUCCAUCCCCAGGAAGCUGCCGCACCACGGCUCUCGACUACCUCGAAGGCCUUCGUAAGAGCAGGUGAGAGGUCCUGAGGAGCUGUCAGAGGCUCCCCUGGGGCUCCUGACGGGCAUGCCCAGGCCAGGCCGGGGCCCCUGAGAGUGGCCUAGUCCCUGGCUGCUUCCAGCGCCUCUGAUGCCACGGCUUCAAAAGGCCCUCUCUGCUUUGCAGCUGCUCCUGGGACGCCCCCGGGCGAAGCCUCGGGCUGUAGCCCCGGCCGGCCACAAGAGCUGAGCGCGGCCCACGACGCCGGGGAUAGAGACGGUGCCGCCCUGCCCCGCUGCCCUGCGCCUCCCGCAGCCGCCUCUGCGCCCUGCCCCGGCCCGGCCGUGCCGCUGGCCAGCCCCGGGGCUGCCGGGCGGGGGCCGCUGCCCGGCGCACAGCAGGAAGCAGGUCAGAGCAGCGGGGCCCGCGGCGGCUCGGCCCGCUUCACUUGCGGGCGCUCGGGGGGUUCCUGGGCGCAAGGCUGACGGCUCGCUCUUGGCCGCAGGGCGAAAGAAGGAGCUGCAGGAGCUCUACCAGCUGGGCCCGCAGCUGGGCAGCGGCGGCUUCGGCACCGUUUUCUCGGGCAUCCGCCUCUCGGACGGGAGGCCGGUGAGUGAGCGGGAAGGCCGGGCGUGCGGGGAGGGGCAGCGGCGGGCAAGGGCAGGCCUUGAGCUCAGCCCCCCCGUCUCGAUGGCUGGCAGGUGGCCGUCAAACGCGUGGCCCGGGAGAGCGUCCUGCAGUGGGUCGAGCUGGUGAGUGAGCGGGGCCAGCGGCACAGAGCGGGCUGUGCCCCAAGCGUCCCCCGGGCGGGAUGAAUCCCCAUCACCAGGGAGGCUGCCCGAGGGGCCACGGGGGCAUGCCAGGCAGGGCCCGGCGCAGCCACAGGGCAGCGUCAGGCCCGCUGUAGGCGCUGUCUCCUCCUCACAGCCCGACGGCACCUGCGUUCCGAUGGAGAUCGCGCUCAUGGAGAAGGUGGGCUCCGGCUGCCGCUUCAUCAUCCAGCUGCUGGACUGGUUUGAGCUGCCUGACAGCUUCGCGCUGGUGAUGGAGCGUCCGGAGCGGUCGCGGGAUCUCCUGCAGCUCCUGCGGGAGCACGGGUUCCUGAGCGAGGACAAGGCGCGCUGGCUCUUCUGCCAGGUGCUGUGCGCCGUGCAGCACUGCACCGCCUGCGGCGUCCUGCACCGGGACAUCAAGCUGGAGAACCUCCUCGUGGACCCGGCAUGCGGAGAUCUGAAGCUGAUUGACUUCGGCUGCGGCACCUUCCUCCAGGAGCGAGCCUUCACGCGAUUUGCCGGUGAGCCGAGAGCCCCAGCCCGGGCCCUGCUCCCGGUGCCGGGCACUGCACGGCCCCGUUCCCUCCUCGGCCGUGGCCGUGGGGGGCGGCGUUCAGCCGGCUGCCGCCAGCCCUGUGGCACGGGGCGGAGCCGUGUCCCAGGAGCCGGCUGCCGGCCCUGCCCACACGGGGCGGGGGCCGCCAAAGCCGGGCCCCGGCCGCUCGGCUCGGCAGCCCUGCGAGGGCUGGGGCUGCCCCGUCGGCCUUGUCUGCCUUGCAGAAGGGGUUCUUGGCUUGGGCCGGAGGGCGCGGAGUGGCCUCGGGGGUGGGGGGAGGUUGUGGCCGGCAGUGCAGCCCCUGCCUCUGGCAGGAGGCUGGCGCCAGGCUCUGGAAGGCAGCAGCCUGCGGCUGGACAGCGCUGCCUGUGUCCCCUAGGAACACAGGCGUACAGCCCGCCCGAGUUGGUCGCCAUGGGCUGCUACCGCGGCGAUUCGGCCACCGUGUGGUCCCUGGGCGUGCUGCUGUACGCAAUGGUGUGCGGGAGCCUCCCCUUCGAGGACAACCGCGCCAUCGUGCUGGGGCAGCUCUUCUUCGGGCCGCAGGUCUCUCCAGGUUGGUACCUGGCCUCAAGCGGGCGGCUUUGGCAGACGGCAGCGCGCAGCCCGGCGCGGCCCUCCCGCAGCUCCGCGGCCCCUGCCCUCAAGGGCCGGCCGCAGGCAGGAGGCGGCCCGUGCCGCCGGGCUCCGUGUGGCACACGCCGCCUGAAGGAGGGGGCCGUGUCCCGCCGGGCCGCCCUCCCGCACCGGGCACCGGCGGCGCUCUGGGCCCGGCGCGGCUCUGAGCACACGCAGCACGGCCCGGGCCCCGCGGGCGUCGGGGGGCGCCGGGCACGAGCCUUCUGCAAGUGACCGCCGCUUUCUGCCUCCUCUCCGCAGAGUGCCAGCACCUCAUCUGCUGGUGUCUGUCCAAGCACCCCGCGGACAGGCCACAGCUGGAGGAGAUCUUGCGCCACCCUUGGCUGCGGGGCUGGCGGUUUUGAGGCCUUGCCAGAGCCUCUGCAGCACCCAGGUACCCGGGCCCAGGCAGGACUCAAUAAAAGAAAAAAACACCAAACCAACCACAAACCAAAAAAUAAAACAACCACCAACCCAUUCCCGGCUGUCAGGUCUGGUGCUAUUUGGGACCAUUUCCACUCCGAGCCGAGCCCCAAUGUCCCCUCAUAAUGACCGCCAGCUUGAGGGAGGAGCCGCCAUUUAAGGGAAGCCGUGAGGGGCAAGCAGUCACCCCGCAAAGAAAUGGGGGUAAUCUGGGAAAACACCCACACAUAUCAAACACCCACCAGCUCCCCGAGUGAGGAGGGACCCUGGCAACUCCCAGAGUGACGCCAGCUCCUCUGGUCACUUUUGAAACGUCACCCCCGAAGGGCACGGGAGCAGGUGAUUCCCCAAUGUCAGCAGGCAAGCAGGUGAGGCAGAAGGCUGGCUUGCCUGAACAGGCAUCUUCUCUGGGAAAUAGCAUGGAAAAGGAAGCUGUGUGCCCAGUGGAAAGCAGGUCACAGAUGCUUCUUGCCACUGAAGGGAGAGAUUUGGUGUGGCGAAAGCUCAGCUGGAGAUGAAGGUGGCCAGAAAUGUGAGGCACAAUAAAAAGCAGUGUUUUCAAAUACAUUAAAGGGAAAAAAAAUCAUUGUAAAAGUAACAUUGUCCCCUACCAGGAUGUGGAUGGUCACCUCACAGACAGGGGCAGAGACACGGUACAGGUGUUUAAUGCAUUCUUUGCCUCUGUCUUCAACACUCAUCCCUCCCUUCCCAGUGGAAAACGGUGCAUUGUAGCAAGGGACACAGCAGAGUUUUGGAAGAGGGCAAGCCCUGCUCAGCAGAAACCAAACCACCCCUGUUUGAUUCACAGCAUUCCCAUCCAAGCCCAACACAGGCCAGCUUCUUGGAAGAAAGGAAGCCUAUCCCAGUCAAAACCAGAGCGGUGGGAGCACCAUGAGCGGUCUUUAACAAAUCCUGAUUUAUUUAGAUCAGAGGCACUGCAGAGGUCAGGGAGCUGCAAACAAAUAACUCUUCCAGCCCUCGACCACCGUCUCAGGAGAGCUCCCCAGAGACAGAGGAACUUCCUUUGUGUCUGAAGGAUCUUCCCAGGCAGAGAGGAGUGGGUAUUUCCAGUUGGUAACGCUGCAGGGUCUUGGGAGCUGUGGACUUGACACGGCUGGCACCAGCACUCUUCCUGAUGUGCCACCACUUGCUCCAGGAAAGGAUUCAUUGGAACAGGCUGACCUCUGCUUCUUACUUCCAGGCUUUUUCUGGCCACGGCCAUCUUCAGGGAUGAGCCAGUUCUGCCGAGCCCUGAGGCGGGCGGGGCACUGACGGCACAAAGGGGCCGAGCGCUGGCGUGAGGCAGGGCUGUGAUGUUACAGGGGGUCCUGGCCACAGCACUGUGACAUCACCCGCCACCCCUAUAUAAGCCGGGCCAGCCCCCGCAGCCGCCAGUGCGGUUGCCAUGGGACGUGCCGGAGCCAUGGGUGACGGUGGUGUCCUGCUCACCGCACUUGUCCUGCUGCUGGCCGCCGUGGCUGUCUGCUGGGCCAUCGGCCACUGGCAACCACGGCGGCGGCACACACGGACAGCAGCGACGAGGAGCAAGCGCUCCCGCGUCCGGCCCAGAGGCUCUCGGAGGAAGCGAGGAGCCCCCGCGGCUCCCAGGUCC